GCGAUUCCUGCGAGAGAGCGCCAGCGGCGACCAUGGAGCUAGCUAUAUAUGAGCCAGAUAAUGUUGCAGCCUACAAGAACCGCCGGCAAAUAUUCUGCAGCGAGUCGACAUAAGCCUUGGUCAAAAAGGUCCGCCAUGGCUCGAGCAGCUCUCUUGGUUUUCGCGGUCCUCGUCGCCAUCGUGGCAGCGCAAGCGGCCGUGCUGAAGGUCAGUCCACCAACCGCGAAGACCUCGGUCGAUGCAUCGGCGGCGGCGGAGGCGGCGCGCCGCGAGCGCCUGGUGGACGAGAUCCGGCGGCAGCAGGAGCUGCUCGAGCUGUCGGCCGACCACCUGGGUGACGACACCGAGGAACACCGGUUCCGCCGACUCCUCGAGAAGUUCGUGUACGCGCUUAACGUGCGCACUAUCAUCGGCGCCAUGCGCGACACGAUUACCGGAGAAAUCACACCUGCCCAAAUAAUCGCAAAGACCAAUGAAGUUCUCGGUGAGGCAUCCUCGCUGGCCAUCGGAAUCGUCCAAUUCCUGAAAAACAUGGGACCUCUGACCUUCAAGAUAUUUAUGCACAGAAUUUUGACUGGCGAAGACGCAUAAUUAGGAAGCGCAAUGAAUGUGGUAAUCUGCACCUUCUACCGGAACGACAAGACCAUGUGUAAAUAAACGCACUGAGGUGUAUGAAUGAGAACAAUACAAGGGAAUGCACAGUGGUGGUUCGAUAAUCUGAAUACCUGUUCGUUCUGCAGUGGCAACAGUCAUACAUGUAACAAGCGCCCUGGGAGUGCUGCCCGAUAAGAUAUGUCCACCAGCAUUCGUUGAAUGAUACUGAAUACAUGCAUUUGUAGAGUCGCACAUCAAAAAAAUAAAGGACGUUAUGUUUGA